AUGCCGUGUUUUAGUUUUCGGUUUGUUCAAGGAAAUGAAGUGUCGAAGACCGAUCCUGAUGGUGAAUAUUAUCGAGCAGUAAGUGAAACGUUAACCACGUGUGAUCAAAAUAUCUCUCACAGUUUGCCACACGUCAGUUGUUCAGUGGAUUUUUGUCAGACCGGCAUUCUCCUGUUGUUUCCCACUGGUUUAAGACGACAGUUUGUAAAAAAAAUUGUCAAAUUGGAGUGGACUUAACAUUGCUUUCUCUCGUGCUGAUAGUGUACGCGUAAGGUUUCCUACGAAUUUUUUAUCCUGCAGCGCCGGAGAGAUUAGGAAAAAACAGCUUCACAGGGGGUUUUGGUUCCCGGGAACGCGGGAAAUCUAGCGUUAUAUAUAUCAGGUAUUUUAAAACUUUGUUCAUAUUAUCAAUUAAAUCUUGAGAGUUUUCCGUUUUAGAGCGUCUUUAACUUCAUUACGGAAGUACACUGUUCAUUUUAUAAUCCUUUUGUGCAGGUUGAAAUUCAAAGACGACCGAGGAUUUCGACGCUGCUCGAGAGUUUAUCAAGAUACGAAGCUGUGGCUCUUACUCAAGAAGACGAUGAAGAAGGAGCAAAAACGACGACAGCCUCUCAGGUAAAAUGAAAACAAAAAGCCCAUAUUGCUUUGAACAAAUCGGAGUCUAGUGAGCGAUUUGUCGUUUUUGUACAUUUCGGUCUUAUGCAAAUUUUCUUUGAAAAUGGCGUAAAUAAUAGAUAAGGUUAAAAGUUCACCAUGCGGAGUAGUAUUAAGCCUAUAAAGUAAAUAAGCUUUCAUAAAAGUAAAUAAACAUCCCUUCAUAAUAUAAAUGAAGUCUGAGGGUCGCAGCGAGAGUGUUCUUAAAAUAAAUUUAACAAUUUGUUCAUGCUUAGGGUGCGUAUAUCGAAUUAUGCAUGCGGGAAGUUUGGAGAGCACGAAAGAUGCGUAAGCGCCUGGAGGAACUCUAGAGCAACUCUAGUGCAUCCAUAACUCGAUAAACGUAGAGCUAAAACCAUGAGCAAUCUAGAAAGUAUUUUAUCAUUGCCGUCGAUUUUUGGGUAUACUAAUUAUAAGGAAAAGAGACGAAGAACGCAUCUGAACACGUCAUCAUGAACAAAUAAAUUCUUUAUCUACGCACGGGCAUGCGUAAAUAGAGAUUUUGCUCAUAGCGGCUCAAUAGGACUUAUAUAGGGCAAGCACGCACGCUAUGUUAUAAUAACAAUUAAUCAUUAAAAUAAGUGCAAGAAAUAUUUAGAGUUUAACCCCCCUAUUGGCAUCUGCCUAAAAUUUUGUGGCCCCUAAUGGGAGUGGCCGUCUCGUACAAGAGGUCUUACUAUAUGGUAUAUCGUGCUUGGAAAAGCACUUGACUUUGUAUUUUUGUGUCUAUAGAGAUCUUUUAUAAGAGGUCCCUGUGGAGGAGAGUGUACAUAUGUUCCUGGUCUGAGUUUCAAAACCUGUUGUUUUUUAUACUUUAUUUUAUUGAUAUUCGCUCUGAGCUUUGUCGCUGUUAAAAUUUCAACUGAUGUUUUUUGUGUUGCUUGUUGCCAUUUUAUCUGCCUUGUGUCGCUGUCGCAGCGGAAUGUCACUUGUCAGCAUUUUACCUUAAGCGAGGUGGUUGCAAAUGAAAGUUUCAAUGCUUAUAAAUCAGUUUAAGCGAUGAAUAAGUAAAUGUAUCAAAGGAACAUUUUGAUAACCUGAUUAUUAACCUACAGGUGUUAGAUAAUAUUAAACCAAACAAGAACUUAAAACACAGCAGAAGUUUUAUUCUCAGGCUACUAAGAUUAAAUUGUUAAUAAUUUUUGUGCUUUACUUUUUGACUAUAGCUAGCCAAAAUGGGUACGCUUAUGGGCGUGUACCUUCCUGCAAUCCAGAACAUCUUUGGUGUAAUUCUAUUGAUACGUUUAUCAUGGAUAAUUGAGGUAGCAGGAAUACUACAAGCUUUCUUAAUAGUCUUCAUCUGCUUUAAUCUGCUGUUGUUGUGUAAGUGA